UUUUGUUAUAGAAAAUCUAUAUCUAAGCCAAAACAUUUUGAUUAUUCAAAUAUUAUACUCAUUUGCAUUUGUAUUAACUUUUACCAAUUUAAUAUGAUAAGGAAAUUAUGAGUGUUGGCUAAUAAUUUAGCAUAUUUCAAAAUUAUUGAAGUCAAACAUAACUGGUACUAAACAAUGGUACAUGAAAGUCGUUUCAAAUCAGGAAUUUAUUAUUCUCAAAGUCCUUCGAAAUGUUCUAUAGUACUGAAUAAUGUGUUUAAAACACAUAAUAAUCGAAAUAUUUUUAAUGGAGUGAAUUUAGUUGCACAUAGUGGUAAAAUAUGUGCUAUACUUGGAGAAAUUAACAGCGGUAAAUCUAUGCUGCUUUCUUGUUUAGUUGGUGGAGAUAAAGUGGACAAAGGUCAUAUAUGGGUUCUUGGGGGUCAACCAAGAACAAAAGGCAGCAAAACCUUAACUAAAUACAUCGGCUAUAUGCCUCAGGAAUUUUGUUUGUAUAGAACCAUGACAGUUCUAGAAUUAUUUGCAUAUUUUGGAAAUUUGUAUAAUAUUAAUCAUAAAUUCAUUCUGUGGAGAAUCAGCUAUUACAAACACAUUUUUACCCUACCCCCAAUCAAUUCUACUAUAAAAAAAUUAAGUUUCAGUGAAAAACGAAUAAUAUCAUUUAUGAUAGCCGUAUUCCACAGACCUCGAUUAGUGGUAUUAGACGAGCCUACUAUAGGACUUGACAUAUUAAAAAAAAAUCAAAUUUGGAAAUACUUGCAUCAUGUGAUUACUACAUGGAAACCAACAGUAAUUGUAGCCACCAAUAAUAUUGAAGAAGCAUUUUCAGCAACUAAGAUAGCAUAUUUAAAAAAUAAUAAAAUUAUAUUUGAAAGAGAAGUAGAGGAAUUGAAUCGAACAAAUCCAAAUAAGUCUAUAGAUACAAUCAUAGAAGACCUUUACACGAGUUUAAUGUCUACUAAUGUUGAAAAAAACGCUUGGUUCAAUUCAAAUGAAUCCGAGAUACCGCAUAAUAAAAAGUUAAGCAUUUAUAAGCGAUUAUAUCCAAGAUCAAAUAUUUGGAAGUUCAAAACCAUUAUUAUUCAAAAUAUUAAAUUUUUAACUAGAAAUUUUUGGGUGUUUAUGUUGUUAUGUGUGAUCCCAAUACUUCAAGUAUACUUGCAUUGCAUCUAUUAUGGAAAAUAUCCUAAAUCCAUACCUAUUGCAGUUUAUAAUCAAGAAACUGAUUGCGGUCAUGACCAAUGUAAACAUAUUGGUAAUUGUUCUUACUUCUCGUGUCAUUUCUUGUAUGUUUUGAGCCAAAAUGGUGUUCAAAUAAAUUAUUAUGGUUCUGAAUUUUCGACUAAAAAUUCCAUAACAAAAGAAUCAAUACCAGGAUUUAUUAAAGUACCUAAAAACUAUACAAUAGCAAUAGUUAACAGUCUAACACAAAGCUCGUUGAAGGAACGCGACGAACUGUUAAAAUCUAAUAUAAAUUUUGAAAUAGACAUGUCAAACUUCGAAUUUGGGAAGCAUCUCAAACAAAAUAUAUUAGAAGCUCAUAAACUACAUUUGAUUGACGUUUAUAGUCAAUACAAUCUAUCAACAAACUACGCCGAUAUCCCAUACAAGAUACAUGAAUAUAAAAAUUUAAAUCUCACCGAAAACACAGCAUCUGAAAUAAUAUCAUACGCUAUAUUUUCGUCGGCGAUGUUCUAUUUUGCGUUGUUGUUACAAAGUGAAAUUCAAAAUGGAUACUUGAUGAGAAACAUGAUUGCAGGAGUCACGAUCUUUGAAAUUUUGUUGAGUUUUCUUAUAAUUCAAGUAAUAUUUUCAAUAAUUCAAGCAUUUUUUUUAUUUUUUCUGGCGGAUUUUCUGCUAUAUAUUAGUUGGGAAAGUUCUUUAUUACUAAUUAUACAGUUAAAUAUUGCCAUCGGUACAUGUGGAAUGAGCAUUGGUUUAUUCAUUGGUUCAUUUGCUAACAGUUCAAUCAAAUCAUUUUAUGUAACACUAUUAGUGUGCUUAAUAAAUAUAAUAUUGAGUGGUCUUUUUUGGCCAUUAGAAAAUACGCAAUUGGCUCUACUACCUAUUUCAUACAUAUUACCAUUAUCUAUGCCUAUUCGAGCAGUUCAAGCUGUAUUGAUCCGAGGACGUCAAUUUAAUUCGAAUGAUAUUCUUUUUGCAGGGAUUUGUAUUACUUUUUGGACAAUCGUUUCAUUUUACUUAUUAAUUUUAAGGAAUCAUAGACAAUUUCUUUGUCAGCCAAGAGUAACACAGAUAUUGUUAAAUUGA